AUGGCGGAUCAAGAAGCCUUGAAAAAGAAAAUCAAGAAGAGAAAUGGCCAUCGAUUAGUGAUUAAAAAUACUAUCGCGAAAGCAAAAGAACUACUGCCACCGCCCGAUGAAGACACCGCACCGCGCGCGGUGAGAGUGAAACUCGAUUCACUACGUACCACAAUCGAAAAGAAAAGAGAAACAAUCGAGGCUUUAGACGACGAAAUCGAAGAUUUAUAUGAUGAUCAGGAUAUCGAACGAGAAAUUUUGGAAAGAAGUGAACUCGAAGAAGAAAUCGAAGAUAUAUUAUGCCGAAUCAAAGCAAUUCACGACGAAACUGAACAUAGAAACACAAUCACGCACGAAAAUGUUUCAGGUUCAAGAGCACACGCUACAAUCAAAGUGAAACUACCAAAAUUAUCGCUAACGAUAUUCGAUGGAAAUCCUACACAAUGGAUAACAUUUUGGGACAGUUUUCAAUCGACAAUUCAUGAACAUCCCGAGCUCUCUAAUGUUGACAAAUUGAAAUACUUACAGAAGUCGUUAGUUGGAGAUGCCGCGCAUACGAUUGCAGGAUUGCAAAUUACAAAUGAAAAUUACGAUGAGGCCAUACAACUUCUAGAAAAGCGUUUUGGAAACAAGCAAAUCAUUAUAUCGCGACACAUCGAAAGCAUUAUGGAUUUGCCAAAAAUUAUCUCGAAUGAGGAUUUACGAGGUUUGCGAUCCUUGUAUGACAAGAUGGAAUCAGCGACUCGCAGCUUGAAAUCGAUUGGAGUUUCAAGUGAUAGCUAUAGUGCCGUUUUAUCGCCGGUAAUAAUGUCCAAACUACCUCAAGAAUUGCGCUUGCUCGUCAGCAGAAAACUCGAAGAUGAAUGGGAUGUUAUUGGAUUGUUAGAGCAACUUGGAGAAGAACUAACACUUCGCGAGAAAUGUUCUCUAGCGACCAUCACAGACACCCAUAGAAGCAAGGAGCCGCGCGGAGAUACUAAGUAUACUAAGAAUUUUGAUUUUCGCAGACCACAACCAACCGUGGCAACACUCAUCACUGAAAACAACCAACCUGAAAGCAGAUUCAUACCAAAUUGUUUGUUUUGCGGACAAAAACAUUACUCGGCGAGUUGCAGUAUUGUUACCGAUCCUGACGCGCGGAGAAAAUUAUUGCAAGAAAAGAGGAAAUGUUUCGUUUGUUUGAAAUCAGGACACAACAGUCGAUCAUGCACGAGCAGAACAUGCUGCUAUUAUUGUAAAGGAAAGCAUCAUUCUUCAAUUUGUGGGUCGCGCGCACAAAAUUCGUCAAAUUACGCCGAAAGAUCGCCUCAACAUUAUCGCUCUGAACAACGCGCACGUCAGCCUUACGUCGAGCCUUCACAGCAAAAUGUGUCUCAAAGUCGGAAUUAUGUAAGUACAAGUUUAUACACUGCUCAAGAUUUUGAUGAUUACGCUACACUUUUACAAACGGCUAAGGCUCAAGUCCAUCGCAUUGAUAAUCAGUACAACAUUUGUAAUGUGAGAUUGAUUUUAGACUCAUGCUCACAGAAAACUUAUAUAACUUCUCGAUUAAGAGAUAGACUACAACUUCCAACGGUUAAAACGAGUAAAGUAUUAAUUAAAGAAUUUGGAAAUAACGAGGGCACACUAAAAACAUGCGAUACCGUUCAAUUAGCUGUAAAGUGUGCAGAUAAUUUAACUGUCUACAUCAACGCCUAUGUAGUAGAUUUGAUCUGCAGUCCUGUUUCAAAUCAAGUAAUAAAUAUCGCACAGUCUAUAUUCCCACAUUUAACAAACUUGCCAUUAGCUGACAGUGGGGACGGGCUAACAGAUUUAGAGGUAGAUGUAAUGAUCGGAGCUGAUUUCGUGCAUUGCUUUUUGCUUGAUAAAGUCGUACGGGGGAACCAGCCGCUCAGUCCGGUUGCAAUUCUUACUCGUUUUGGAUUUGUUCUGAGCGGUCCAGUUCCAGUCUCAGCUCAAACUAGCUGUACAUCAAACAUAACUGUAGCCCAUACUUUAAAAACUGGCUCAAUUAUUGUUGAAAAUCAAUGCGAAAUAACUCGAGAAAUUAAGGAAUUUUGGGACCGCGAGAACGUAGGUGUCAAAUCAAAUCAACCUCAAUCUGAAACUGACGCUCUUAUGAAUGAUAAAAUAACAUUUGAUGGUAAACGAUAUGAAGUUUCAUUACCAGUUAAGGAGUCGCAUCCAGUAAUUCCAGAUAACUUUAAUGUCGCAAAAACUCGAUUAAAUUCGCUACUUAAUCGUUUGAAAUCUAAACCUGAACUUUUCGCGCAAUAUAACGCUGUUAUUAAAGAACAAUUGAAUUCAGGCAUAAUCGAGCGCGUAGAUGAAGAAGAUGAUGACGCCAAUCUAGGUUCCAAACAUUACAUUCCACAUACCGGUGUCGUAAAACAGGAAAGAAAAACUACGAAACUGCGGGUAGUUUACGAUGCUAGCUCUAAAGCUGCAGGCGAAGUGAGCUUAAACGAAUGCUUACAUUCUGGGCCAAACUUGAUUCCACUCAUUUUCGACGUUUUGCUACGAUUUAGAAUGCAAAAAGUUGCACUUAUUGGUGACAUGGAAAAAGCAUUUUUGCAAAUUUCGAUCGAUCCUAAACAAAGAGAUCUUUUACGCUUUUUAUGGAUGGAAGACGCAAAUAUUGAUAAUCCGAAAAUUGCCAAAUUCAGAUUCGCUCGACUCCCUUUCGGCCUAACUUGCUCGCCGUUCAUUUUAAACGCGACUAUAAGGUAUCAUUUAAAAGGAUACGAAGAAUCUGAUCCUAAAUUCGUUUGCAAUGUUGUUAAAUCUCUAUACGUAGAUGAUUACGCAUGCGCAUUUGCAUCACAAGAUGAAGCCUUCGAAGUUUACGAGAAACUUAAGCGUUGUUUUAAGGAAGGAGGUUUUAACAUGAGAAAAUGGGCCUCAAACGAUCAAGGUCUACUCGAUCGCAUUCACCAGUCCGAAAAAAUUUUUACUGGUGCAGAAAAAUUAACUGUUUUGGACAGUAAUGUAUCUAAAACUGAAGAAAAUUCAAUCAAAACGAACGAGGAUAAAGAGUCAAAUGUAUUGGGGAUAACAUGGAAUCAAAAAUCGGACACGUUUAAAUUCGAUUUAACCAACGUGUUUAAUUCCACCGCGCGGGAGCUUAUUACAAAGCGUCACAUAUUGAGUAGCAUCGCGCGAAUUUACGAUCCGCUAGGGCUAUUGUGUCCAGCCAUGUUACCGCUAAAGCAAUUAUUUCAGGAUGUCUGCAAACUAAAAGUAAAUUGGGAUUCGCAAUUGCCAGAGGAAUUUUGUCAAAGGUGGUGUGAUUUUAGUCGAGACCUUUCCGCUAAUCCGACUAUUCAAAUAGAACGCUGCAUAAUGGGACACCUGGGAAGCAAUGACGCAUUAUCCUUGGAAAUUCACGGUUUCGCGGAUGCGAGUAAAUCGGCUUAUGGCGCUGUUGUUUAUUUAAGAAUUAACACAAACAAGGACUCAAUUGUCAAACUGAUUGCAGCCAAAUCCAAAAUUGCCCCACUGAAAGGUGAAACUAUACCACGCUUAGAAUUAAUGGCAGCCUUGACGCUAGCUCAAUUAAUGUCCUCAGUUCACAAAGCACUGAGCAAUUCUUGUGACAUUCGAAACAUAUUUUGUUGGUCUGAUUCUCAAGUAGUUUUGUAUUGGAUCCACGACGACACAAAACUUCAAACACCGUUUGUUCAAAGUCGUUUAAAACAAGUAAGGUCGUUAAUCGCGAAAGAAAAAUGGGGUUACUGCCCUUCUCACACAAAUCCGGCAGAUAUCGUUUCGAGGGGUAUUGCUUUCUCAAAAUUAUCAAAAAGUAGCCUUUGGUGGAAUGGACCAGAGUUCCUCACAAAGAAAGCAGAACACUGGCCUAAAUUCGAAAUGUCUCAAGAAAACAAAAUUAAACAAAACGUUUCACAACACGAAGAAAGCUCGAAUGUUUUGAUUUCAACAGCUAAACCUGUCGUUAGCUUAAACUCAGUUAUUCCUUGUGAAAAUUUCAGCAAUUUUGACAAACUAAUUCGCGUUACGACGCUCGUUUUCAAGUUUAUUAAGUUACUCCGUCGAGAAAUCUCAAAUGAAACACGGGAAGAAAUGUAUCCAUCCGAAAUUACUAACGAAGUUAAAAACCGCUGGGCCAUAGAAGCUCAACGUUCAUUCGAAAAUGACCAAAGUUUCAAGGAAACAAAGAAAAACUUACGAGUGUCUUCGGAUUCACAAGGGGUUUUACGUGUAGGAGGUAGAAUUGACAACGCCCCUUUACCAUACGAAACCAAGUAUCCGGUCUUGUUGCCAAGGGGACAUCAUCUUUCACGUUUAAUUGUCACAAAAAGUCAUGAAACUGUAAAACACAACGGGGUAAGAGAAACUUUAACGGAACUUCGAUCUGAAUAUUGGAUAAGCAAAGGUCGGCAACUAGUUAAAUCGAUUUUAUCGAAAUGCGUUACGUGUAAGGAAAUGAUUGGAAAGCCGUAUGAUACACCUUCCGCUUCUCCGUUGCCACCUUAUCGUGUAUCUCAAGACGCUGCAUUUUCGCAAAUCGGUAUAGAUUUCGCAGGACCUUUAUUCGUUCGCGACAUUUACAACAAUGAUAAUCAAUCUUAUAAAUGCUACAUUGCCUUGUUUUCAUGUGCUAGUACGAGAGCAAUACAUUUAGAACUCGUUCCAGAUCUUCGUGGAAGUACCUUCAUUCGUGCGUUGAAACGAUUCAUAUCUCGUCGAGGCAUACCAGCGCGAAUUUUGUCAGAUAAUGGAAAAACAUUCAUCGAUUGUGCUGUGCAAAAAUUUGUAAAUAGUAAAGGUAUUGUUUGGAGAUUCAAUAUUCCGAAAGCGAGUUGGUGGGGUGGUAUAUUCGAAAUUAUGGUAAAACUAACAAAACGAUGUUUGAGAAAAACGCUAAAAAACGCUCUCUUGACUUACGAAGAAUUAGAAACCGUGCUAAUUGAGACUGAAGCGAUACUAAACUCGCGCCCGCUUACCUUCGUUUAUGAAGACGUAACCCAGACGCCAUUAACUCCAUCGUGCCUAAUUACAGGUCGCAGAUUACUCGAUAAACACGAAAUUACGCAAAACAACGCAGAUUCGGAUAAAACUACACUAACUAGACGCGCGAAAUAUCUCGAAACACUUCUUGGGAGAUUCGUUACACAGUGGAAAAAAGAAUAUUUGACUUCGCUUCGUGAAAGAUAUACUUCAAAAGGAAAACAAUUACGAAGGAUUCCAAAACAAGGAGAUAUAGUUACGAUUCACAACGAUAAAACGCCGAGACAGAAAUGGAAACUCGGAAAAAUCACGCGACUCCUACCAGGGCGAGACAACAUUGUACGUGCAGCAGAAGUAUGCACAACAGAUAAUUCGGGGAAAGUCGUAGUUUUGAAACGCUCGAUACAGCACUUGUAUCCUAUAGAGGUUCAAGAUUCGUUAGAACAAGUUGAUCAAGACAAAGUACCAGAAGAAGAAGAGGAUGUACAAAUCGCAAUUAUACGUGAUGAAGAUGUCACCACUUUUAUUAAAGGACGCUAA